UCGUCACUGCUCUCUCUCUCUCUCUCUCUCUCUCUCUCUCUUUCUCUGAUCUCUGUUAUGGCGAUCUCUAGGGUUUGGAUCUCGGCGGCGCUCCUCGCGCUUCUCGUCUUCAGCUCCGCCGUAGCGGAGGAGAAGGCGGCUCCAUCUGCUCCGGAGGCGGAGGUCGAACCUUCGUUCGUGCUCACUCUCGAGCACGCUAACUUCUCCGAGACCAUCGCCAAACACCCCUUCAUUGUCGUCGAGUUCUACGCCCCAUGGUGUGGGCACUGCAAGAAGCUUGCUCCCGAGUAUGAGAAGGCUGCAUCAAUCUUGAGCAAAAAUGAUCCACCAAUUGUUCUAGCUAAGGUUGAUGCAAAUGAUGAUGCAAACAAGGAGCUUGCAUCAAAAUAUGAAAUCAAGGGCUUUCCUACACUAAAGAUUUUCAGGAAUGGAGGUGAUGCCAUUGAAGAGUAUAAAGGUCCGCGUGAAGCUGAUGGAAUAGUUGAAUACCUGAAGAAACAAGCUGGUCCUGCGUCCUCUGUAAUUGGAUCUGUAGAAGAUGCUGGAAACCUAAUCGUUGAUAAAAAAAUCUACGUCGUUGGAAUAUUUCAAGAAUUUUCUGGGGAGAAAUUUGAGAAUUUUAUAAAGGUUGCUGAAAAACUACGUUCAGACUACGACUUUGGACAUACCUUAGAAGCUAAAUUCCUUCCACGUGGAGAUCCAACUGUAAAACUACCAGUUGUUAGGCUCUUCAAGCCCUUUGAUGAACUUUUUGUUGAUUUUGAGGAUUUUAAUGUUGAUGCUCUAGAGAAGUUCAUUGAAUCUGCAAGUAUGCCUGUUGUUGCUACAUUUGACAAGGACCCAAGCAAUCGCCCUUUCCUGAUGAAGUUCUUUGACAGCCCCAAUAGCAAAGUUUUGCUUUUUCUCAACUUCACCAGUGAAAACUUCGAUGCUUUCAAGUCUAACUUGUAUGAGAUUGCUGAGAAAUAUAAAGGGAACAACUUAGGCUUUUUGAUUGGUGAUCUUGAAGCUAGUCAGGGUGCCUUCCAGUACUUUGGCCUGAAGGAAGACCAAGUUCCACUCAUCAUAAUUCAAGAAAAUGAUGGCAAGAAGUAUCUUCAACCCAAUCUCAGUCCUGAUCAAAUUGCCACUUGGAUGAAGGGUUACAUGGAUGGUAACUUAAAGCCUUAUAGAAAGUCUGAGCCAAUACCAGAAGUUAACACUGAGCCUGUUAAAAUUGUUGUUGCUGAUAAUCUGCAGGAAGUUGUUUUAAACUCUGGAAAGAAUGUUUUCCUAGAAUUUUAUGCACCUUGGUGUGGGCACUGCAAGAAACUAGCACCUAUUUUGGACGAAGUAGCCAUCUCAUUUGAAAAUGAUGCAGAUGUUGUCAUUGCAAAGAUGGAUGCUACAGCAAAUGAUGUUCCCAACGAAUUUAAUGUUAAGGGUUACCCAACGUUGUACUUUUCAUCAGCAAGCGGCCAGCUUUCAGUGUUUGAAGGAGAUAGAACAGCAGAGGGCAUCAUUAACUUUCUGAAAGCAAAUAAGGAUACAACUAGUCAUUCUGACUCAACAGACUCUGUAAAAGUUGAAAGUGUAUCAACCGACUCUGUAAGAGAUGAGCUAUGAUCAAGGCGGAACCUAGUAAGUGUUAGCUGCAGAGGGAGGGGACUGCAGAACUAGAAACAAUGUCAGUAUCUGAAAUCUCAUAGCCUUGAGUAAUAAAGGCUCUUGAAAAGCCCUGAUUUACCCUUUUGGAUUUUGUAUCCGUAUAUGUGAUGAUAUGGACAGAUGGUUCUAAUUAUGUUCCGGAGUAUGGAAAACCAUCUUUACAAAAGGGAAUUCCUGUUUGUCCCUGUGGUUUCA